AUGGAUUUUCUGCAUGUUUUAAAAGCGCGGAAAAAAUAUCUGCGAUUUCCGUCGACCGUCUACGAGCAGCUCGAAUCGAAGCACUAUUUUAUGCCCGUCGGAGAGACUGAUGAUCACGUAAGAUUAUAAUUUUUCUAUUUCAAAAUCCGGCCAAAAAAAAGGUUCCAGGACUCCUGGGUAACUGCCCGAUUCUCGCCACAUCGGAGCCAGGAGCACAUUCUUUACAUGGGCGACGAUCCCGGAAAUAUUGGCGUUUUCGAUGUUCGCAAGUUUCACGAUCGAUCCGUCCCGGUGGAAGAACGCCAAUUGCACUGUAAGUGAACCAAGUAAACUUUAAAAACAACAACGAUGAGGUGUUUAGUCUUUGCUGCCCACGACGGAGCAAUCAUGGAUGUGGUGGGUGUGCCGCACAAGGAGUCACAGAUCGUGUCGAUUUCCGGCGACUCGACCGUCAGAUGCUGGGAUUUGAAUCAAAGUGCAGCAGAUCGUAGUUCACACAUGUUUUAUGGGCAUGACGGAUCCGUCAGAUCCAUUUGUUUCGCCCCUGAUGAUCCAAGUAUGUUCAUAACUUUCGAAAGAAGCUUGAUUCGAAUAUUGAAAGUGUUCCAGACGUAUUCGUAACGGGCGCUCGUGAUGGCCAGGUCAAAAUCUGGGACAUGCGAAUCUCUCCGAUUCGGAAAAACGAAGAAGAGUGCCGCAUCGCGAACAUCACCUACAAAACCGCUCAUCCGAGCCAACAAUCCGAAAAACCGGCAACUCCGAAGUCGAGGGGAAAGGUGGUGAUGAAAAGCAUGGGAGCGAGUGUGACGAGCGUUCUUUUCCUCGAUGAGCAUCACAUUGCAACUGCCUCCAGUUGCACACAGAGCGGCAUUCGCGUCUGGGACAUUCGGAAACCGACGCGGAACGGCGAAGGACAGCCCGCGCGGAUUCUGAAUGUGCCGACGACGUCGAAGAAGAAGGCGUUCGGAGUGACGUGUCUCAGCGUGGAUCGGUUCGGAAAUCGGCUGUUCGCCUCGUGCACCAACUCGACCAUCUUCGAGUAUUCAGUUCCGUCAGCCACACUUACACCAAGUAAGUCGCUCGAAAUCUUUGCUUCACAAAUAUUAUUUUUGCAGUUAACACGUACACGGGCGCCACAAUCCGUGACUUCUACACUCAAAUCGCGUGCUCCCCGGUCUCUGACGCGAUCGCAUGUGGAAGCGAAGAUCAACGGGCGCUCAUAUGGGAUCUUCAGGACCAAUACACUUAUAUGAACGAUCUGUCGACUGCAGACGAGAUAGAUCGUAGGAGGACUCAACUGCCGAAAUGGUCAUGCGGUGGACAUUUACGCAAAGUGCUGAAUGUGGGAUGGAGCGCUCAGGGCCGAUAUUUCAUGUCUUUCGACGAGGUCGGAGUUCGAUUGUGGGCGGAGCCUCGGGAACGAAAGCCGUGGCAGUGUUGCGAUCACGACAAACCGUCUGAAACAACAGAGCGGGAUCUCGGAUUGGCGUUCGAACCCAUUAGGUUGUUCGAAAUGGCGGAGACGGAUUCGGCGAUGUCGUGCAUCGACAGCAUCUCCAUUUCACCCAGACAACGGGGGGAUUCCGGAGUGUUCGGAUCGCCGCAGAAGGUGAGAGGACCGAAGAGACCGAUUGUGGAGAGCCCGUUCAAAAUGAUAUCGAGCAGUCCGAAAGCACUGAGGCUCAACCGAUCGCCCAUGGCCAAAAUGAGCAAGUUAGAGACAAUUCGAAUUCUCCAUAUUAUCCUGAACUUCCAGACUGUCAUCUUCCCCAUCCUCAUCCUCACAUCUACCCCUCCAACCAACUAACCUGAAUGCUGUGAAUCCACAAUGUGCCGGCUUACUGGACUACACGCCUCGACAUCGUUCCAAAAAACGCCAAAAUCCGUUUUAUUAUGAGUAAGUUUCUUCACUUCCAAAGCAAUCUCAGCGUUCGUUGUUUUCAGACACCCGACGGAAAAUCUUCCAAACUUUGUGUACGACACAUUCAUUAAAAAUAUGCUGGGCAAGUCGAAAGAAGAGGAGGGAUCGACGCAGAAGUCGCUGAGCAAAACGAGUCAAAAGAGGAUCGAGGACUGGUGGCAGCAGAAGACCGCCGAGAAUCUGAACACGGCAGCGAGGAGGAGGCUGCCGAGUGUCUCCGAGUUCGGCGAGUCGGCGUGCUCCAAAGUGAUGAGCGAAACUGAGAGAAUCGCGCUGACUUCCCCUCGGAAACUGGUCCUCAAAAUCGCCUCCACAGCCAGCACCACGCCCGUUUCGCACCCGAAACCAAUGCCCCAGACACCCCGCAAACCAGCCGGACAUCGCCGAUCCAGUCGGAAUCUUAUGCACUGGCUGAAUUCGACAAAAACCGACGCCUGA